UUCACAUCCUCUGCGUUGCAACUGGGACCAAUACCACAGCACCAUAUUGACGAAGUGAGAAAUGGUUGAUUUUGUUCAAAGUGUUGAAUUCUUCUCUAAAUGCUUGAAUCAAUUGCCCCUGGAACUUCCACAGAACUUUAAAGUCUCCAACGAGUUCAUUUAAAACCUUAACCGAACUUUAUUAGUUCUUGCGGAUCUACCUGUGAACUUCGUUUGACAUUUCAAUUUGUUUUGCUUUGCAAAUUUGUGUGUUUGCCUGUUCGUUCCGCAUAAAUUGUUUAAAUUGUGGUUUAAUUUAACAUUUGAGCUGUUUUACUCCAGAAAAUCGUCAAGAAUGCCAUUUGUCAUCGUAGAAACUCGCAAUUCGCGAGGGUGCAAGGAACUUUCUGUCGUGCCGGAUAAAUGGCUGCGCAGCUCAAGAAGUGGACAAAUCGUGCUCUGGCCUAACGUAAAGAGUGUGCUAGAACAAGAAAAGCUUCUCCGUGACGAAAACAGCUUGCCAAAAAAAUCAUGGUUGAAGUUUAAAUGUACAGUGAAAAGAAACCCUAUGUCAUCUUUGACGGAAGCUAAACGCUUGCUGGGUGAAUUGUCCGGAGAAUCAUCCUCCGACGUUGGUCAGCUAGCACGACGCAAAAUCAACAAACGUCAGGAACCCGAAGACUUUCAAAACAUGUUAGUUCUUGAAAAUACACCUAGCUCGCAAAUAACACAAGUAACACCUGCAGCCACCCCUAUCGUUGUUGAGGUAAGAGAAAGUUUUGAGAACAAAAUUCCUCCUAAAACAACAACACUGGCUCCGUCAUCUACACGAUUUGUUCCUGUUCCCGAGUCAAUGAUUCCAGAGAAAGUUCAAAUCGUUCAGCAGUCCUUCCCUCCUGGGACUGAUUCAGCCGUACCAACUGUAGUUGCGGUAAACUCCGAAGACAAUGUCCAAUCUGUCCAGUAUGUGGCGUACCAUGCUGUACCGACGAUCACUCAACCGGAUAAUCCAAGAGAGGACAAUCUGAGCGAAAUUAUAAAGCUGCUUCAUCAAAUCAAUAAUCGAUUGGAUCUACUGGAGAAACGAACAGCGAGUAUCUCCACACAAAAUGAAUACAUUUUGAACGCUAUACGGAGAUUUGGUUGCCAAGUGACGGACAUUGAGGAGCAACCGUUGUUCCGAUUUGAUCCUAUUGAACACGAACAACAGUUGUCUGAUUUGGAGAACAAACUGACUGACGACGAUUACAAAUCAUCAAUGAUUAAAUGGUUGCGACUAAACGUAAGCGGUGACUGUGCGGAUAACCGUAUGCUAGGUGUACUCGACAUGCUUUUCAGCAAAGAGUUUCAAACUAAGUGUACCUGGACAGGAGCUAGCCGAAAGGGGCCAAACAUAGCUAUAAUGCCGAACCGGAAUAUUCUACAGUUAUUUCAACAGCUAGGGAGUGACGAUUCUGAAAUUGUUACCCAACUGAAGCUGGCCAACUUUUUCAUGCGGAAGCUCAAGAACUCACUCAAACGUUUGACCGCUACCGGUAUGCGCCGAGGAACUAGACACGUGAGAAGAGUAAAGCAACGGAAGGAAGCUGUACAUCAAUUGAAACAUGAACAUGAUGGCGGUUCGGACGAACCUCUACCAAAUCCAUUGAAUGAUUGUGACAAUUACGUGGAUGAUUGUGACAAUAAUCACAGUAAGCCUGAAUUGGAAGAGCUUGAUGAAUCGGCCAUUGAUUCAUCAGAUGCAUUGGAUUGUACCGAUAUCCGUUCCGACACGAGUGGACCAAACGAUUUUAGUGAGUGA